CCUCCAGUUAAGAGCAGUAUGAGUAAGGAACUGUCUCUAAGUCAGUCAGCUCAAUAUGUUGGGCCCUAUCGACUGGAAAAGACUCUGGGGAAGGGACAGACAGGACUUGUCAAACUGGGGAUCCACUGUAUUACGGGUCAGAAGGUAGCCAUCAAAAUAGUCAACAGAGAGAAGCUGUCUGAGUCAGUCCUGAUGAAGGUUGAAAGGGAGAUUGCCAUUCUGAAACUGAUUGAGCAUCCGCAUGUAUUGAAGCUGCAUGAUGUUUACGAGAAUAACAAAUAUCUGUACCUGGUGUUAGAGCAUGUGUCAGGAGGAGAGCUUUUUGACUACCUGGUAAAGAAGGGCCGGCUAACUCCGAAAGAGGCCAGGAAGUUCUUCAGGCAGAUCAUCUCUGCUUUGGAUUUCUGCCACAGUCAUUCCAUCUGUCACAGAGACCUGAAGCCUGAGAACUUGCUCCUGGAUGAAAAGAACAACAUUCGUAUUGCUGACUUUGGCAUGGCCUCCCUGCAGGUGGGAGACAGUCUGUUAGAAACCAGCUGUGGAUCACCACAUUACGCUUGCCCUGAGGUUAUACGGGGGGAGAAGUAUGAUGGGCGGAGAGCAGAUGUGUGGAGCUGUGGGGUCAUUCUGUUUGCCCUACUGGUGGGGGCCCUUCCUUUUGACCACGACAAUUUACGCCAGCUCCUGGAAAAGGUAAAGAGCGGGGUGUUCCACAUGCCUCACUUCAUCCCCCCGGACUGUCAGUCCCUGCUGAAGGGAAUGAUUGAGGUCAACCCUGAAAAGAGGCUCACGCUAGAGGCCAUCCAGAAACAUUCCUGGUAUCUGGGUGGUCGUAACGAGCCGUGUCCUGAGCAGCCUCCUCCAAGGCGGGUUUGUGUGAGGCGAAUCUUGUCCCUGACUGAGCUGGACCCAGAUGUGCUGGAUAGCAUGCACUCGCUCGGUUGUUUCCGAGACAGAGUCAAGCUCACACGUGACUUGCAGUGUGAGGAAGAAAACCAGGAGAAAAUGAUCUAUUACCUUCUGCUAGACAGGAAAGAGCGGUACCCCAGCUAUGAGGAUGAGGACUUACCUCCGCGCAAUGAUGUAGACCCUCCUCGAAAGCGCGUCGACUCCCCUAUGCUGACGCGCCACGGCCGUUGCCGUCCCGAAAGGAAGAGCCUGGAGGUCCUGAGUGUCACCGAGCAAGGGUCUCCUACACCACCUCGCAGGGCCCUGGACACAGCUGCACACAGCCAGAGGUCUCGCUCAGUCAGUGGAGCGUCAACCGGUCUCUCCUCCAGCCCUCUCAGUAGUCCCAGGUCCUAUCAGAGCCCCGUCUUCACUUUCAGCCAAUCAGAUGUCACCUCUGCCACCGCUUCCCCACUCACAAAGGAGUCCAAACAGGGAAGCACCACCACUCCUCGCUCAGCACGGGCUCAUGACAAGCCCAAAGCUCCCCCAAACCCAAAGACCCAGACCUUGCCCACCAAGGGACCCGCCAACCGACCCCACCUACAGCCCAUCAAAUCCUUGCCUCUGCAAAAUCCAUCCUCCCGCUCGCCCUCCCCUUCCCCACUCCUGUCACCCAUCCCCCGUUUCUUCUUCCCUUCCUCUUCUGUCCUAAAGUCAGUGACUAAGAGCUUCUACCCAAACUCUGCCCACUCUGUGCCGCAGGUCACUCCCCAGGGCUCUCCGUUGCCCACACCCUUGGGCACCCCUGUUCACCACCCUCACCACCCCUCCUCCACCCCGCCCUCCUCUUCCUCGUCCUCAUCCUCCUCGCGGGCGGAGGGAGGGGGAGGGGUGGGCUCACUGUCGCUGACCCCACCCUCCAGUCCAGGAGGGGGGAGCGGCAUGGCAGCCAGCAGCUCUGCCCAUUGGAGGACUCGCCUCAAUUCUUUCAAGAACAACCUCCUGGGCUCACCAAGAUUCCAUCGGCGUAAAUUGCAAGUUCCUACAUCAGAGGAUAUGUCCAGCCUAACACCAGAAUCCAGCCCUGAGCUAGCUAAGAAAUCGUGGUUUGGGAAUUUCAUCGGCUUGGAGAAAGAGGAGCAGAUCUUCGUGGUGAUCAGAGACAAACCGCUGAGCUCUGUUAAAGCUGACAUUGUCCACGCCUUCCUGUCUAUCCCAUCCCUCAGUCACAGCGUCCUCUCACAGACCAGCUUCCGAGCCGAAUACAAAUCCUCCGGCGGUCCCUCCGUCUUCCAGAAGCCCGUCAAGUUCCAGGUGGACAUUGCCUUUUCCGAGGGCGAGAGGGAGCGGGACAGGGAGAGAAACGAGAGGGAGGGCAGGAGGGAGACAGGAAUUUACAGCGUGACAUUCACCCUCAUAUCAGGUCCGAGUCGCAGGUUCAGACGGGUGGUGGAAACGAUUCAAGCGCAGCUUCUCAGCUCCCAUGAUCACCCACUGGUGUCAGCCCUAUCUGAUCCCUUCCCAGAUGAGAAGAACAGUCGGCCCCACGGGACCCCCACCCGCCAAAACUCGAGGCGCUCCGAGGGUGGGGGCGACAGGUGCGAGUGGGGUGACCGAGCAGAUGGCGGAGGCAUAGGAGGCAGCGGGGGAGUUCUGCAGCGCAGAGGCUCCGCCAAAGAGAGAACCCGACUGCUGUCCUCCAACGGAACCCAAUCCCAACCGUAGGAUAGAAAGUUAGACUGCGCAGCAGGAUGCCUGAACUACACCAGAAAGAAGACAGUGUAAUUUCAUCUCCAAGUAUCCCUGCAAGCCAUGAGCUACUCCUAUUCUUCCUUGUCUAAGUUACUGAAGGUGCUUGACCACAGAGCAAGGAUUGAGCCUUUUUCCUCCCCAUCAUGCACAUUUUUUCCAACUCGAGAUUCUACCGAUCUUAUGAUUACCAGGAUUCCUACCCUUAAAUGAGAAACAAGUGUUAACAAACCGCCCUUUAAUGAAAAAAAAUAAUAACAAUACGUGAAUGAGCAGUUUGGUAUUCAUCAUAGGUACAGCUUCACAGAUCAAACUAGGAAUUUUGAAGUGCUAAUGUGCAUGCCAGUUAGCGAAUCAGCCUGUUCAAGGAUGCUGAUAUGAUCAGAUAGGCUAGUCUACCAUAUCAUCGUAUUACAGUAUCCAACACCAAAAAAAAGGAAAAAAAGAAAUAACAGUCUUGUGAUGGUUCUCGAGAUUACUCCUAAAAUGAAUCAGUGCGCUCAUAUCACUAUCAAGCAACAUCUAAACCCGCCCACUAAAAAGAAAUAUGAAUGCAUCUCAGCAGAAGAAUCCUAAAGAGUUAGCACCCUGCUGCCGCCCCAGUGAGUGGCGAUGAGCUCAGUGAAGGUCCUGUUUUUCUCCAGCAGUGUCUCCUCCUAAGGUAAAGAAAACCAACAAAGUAAGCUAAGUAAGUGAAUGUGAACAAAAAAAGAUAUUUUUUUAUUUAGUUUUUAUUUAUGUUUACACAUUUCUUUUAAGGAUGUCAGUAGCACAGUGAUCACAGUAAAGACAGCAACUGAGACACUCCACACAGUGUUUGACAGUGGAAGCUGCUUUUCCGACAGGCAUUCAUUCAGAGUUAAGUGUUUCGAUUCUUUUAUAUUUGCUUUUUACUCAGAGACAAUAUGAAACAAUGCUUCUAAGAUUUUUGCAUUGGACCCUCGUUGCUCUGAAGAAAAGUGUUUGAACAGAAAUAUGAACAGUAAUAUAUGAAAGCUUUGUUUUGUCGUCACUAUCCGUGAUUAGCUUCAUGAACCUCAUCACAGCUGUUUGCGCCCAGAUUGAAUGAGAAGAGCAUCACCGGCCUGUGGAUCAAACAGAAACCGCCUUUCUCGUCAAGCUUUGUCUCCUGUUGCCAUAGUAUUCAUAUACUGACUCAUGUCAAAAUAAAGCAAACAAACAAACAAAAAAAGAAGAUACACAGUAAGGAAAUUCAUCAAUGGGACGCAUUCAUGAUGCUGGACUUUAAAAAAGGUGUCAGCUUCUUGUUGAACAGGACUUCCUAACCCCACGCUCGUUAUUUCAGUGUUCACCGACAAGCCAAGUAUCCAUCGCCGCACCCUUGCUCAUCACUAAGAGUCGCCAUUCUGCAAGCAGACGUAGCAACUCAAGGCAGUCACAUAUAUUACUCCAGUACUCUAUCAGACUAGUCGAUGUUCAUCACAGUCUUCCAUACAGUGCAAUAUGCAACAAGAGUGCAGAAGGAUUUCAGAGAGACACACAGUGCUACACUUUAUUAUUUUAAUGUCAUUUUUUCUAAUCUGUCGAUUUUUCUGUCUGUU